AAACAUUUUAAUUCGAACAUCACGGAAAUUAAUAUCGCAGCAGUCGCAGCACUACUAAUUACUAGUGGUGCAGCAUUUUCCUAGUGCGCCUUGCUGCAGCUGACUCGAUCAUCUGACUCGAUCAGCAAAUCAAUCAAUAUUGAAAUUGGUCAAAUGCCUCACUAACUUAACUAAUCAUUGCACAGACAUACUCCAAUUGUCCGUAUCGGAAUAUCGUUUGUUCCAAUAUAAGGUCUCCCCGAGUCGACUCUAUUCUUGUCGUUAUCGUCCUCGUAACGACACCAACAACCACCGCCUUACAGUAAACAUGAAUCAGUGGCCGUCUCUUCUAGCAGGUUAUGAAGGUGCAGAACCUCUUCCAACCACCUUCAAUCCCGAUGGAAAAUCUCUGUACAACCCACCUGGUCCCCGCUCGGCUGCCUACGACGAAUUCCCGAAACAAUUCGAUCCGUCUAAGAAUGGUUUCGACUUCCACAUUUACUACAUGCCCGCUGUGGCUGCUCAGGCGCAGUAUGCGAAAGAACUGUACGAGCGUAUAAGGAGAGAGUUUCCAGAGUUACGUAUACAUAAAUUCUGGGAUAAACAACACGGUCCCCACCCUACCGCCGCAUUCGAGGUAGAUACAUUCAACCCCCACCAGACCGGAGCAUUCUUUUCCUGGAUUGUUGUCCAUCGGGGGCCUUGCGACAUCCUCGUCCACCCGAACACUGGCGAUGUACUCAGAGAUCACACGGAGUUGGCAACGUGGAUCGGAAGGAGGUGGCCGUUGUAUGAGGAAUGUCUUGAAGACUCGUUCGAGUUGAAGAGAUAUUUGGAUUCGGAGUGUCCUCCUUGAGUACGAAGAUCCUCUUUCCUUUUUGUUAUCAGUCUUACAGAAACUUGGCAUCAUUCAUUCAUGUAGUAUACUAAAGAUAUAUCGCGGCUUGUCUUCCGUUUUAGCUGAUGCAUUCACGAGUGGUCACACCAAUUCCAGACCUCACGAAUACCGUCAUGGAUAGGGAACAUUUUGGCCAGCAGCUCGUGGAAAAGGAGGACGGAAUUAU